AUGGCGGCAGGAAGCAGUGGUGGCGGCCGCGGGCCGCGCACGAAAAGCGCGGCCGAUACCGGCUUUCUGGGUCUGAAUGCUACUUCGGUGGACCCUGGACUGAGGCGGCGGCGGCGAGGCCCACGGAAUAAGAAACGGGGCUGGCGGCGGCUUGCGCAGGAGCCAUUGGGAUUGGAGGUAGAUCAGUUCCUGGAGGACGUGCGGCUUGAGGAGCGCACGAGCGGUGGCUUGGUGUCCGAGGCCCCGGAUGAAAGACUCUUCUUUGUGGAUACCGGUCCCAAGAGGAAAGACCUUAAAAAAAAGAGGACCAAAGUCCAGAAGAAACAGCUGCUCCUUAAGAAACCUCUCCGGAUUGACCUCACGCUUGAGAACAAAUCCAAGGUCCCCGCCCCCAAAGACAUCCUUGCUCACCAGGUCCCCAAUGCCAAGAAGCUCAGGCGGAAGCAGGAGCUAUGGGAGAGGCUGGCCAAGCAGGGCGAGCUGCCCCGGGAGGUGCGCAAGGCUCAGGCUCGGCUCCAUAACCCACCCACCCCCAAGGCCAAGCCCGGGCCCCAGGACACCGUUGAGAGGCCCUUCUACGACCUCUGGGCUCCAGACAACCCUCUGGACAGGGCACUGAUUGGUCAGGAUCCCUUCUUCCUGGAGCAGACCAAGAAGAAAGGCGUCCAGCGCCCCCCUCAUCUCCUUACCAAGCCUUCCCAGGCACCUGCUGUGGAGGUGACGCCCGCUGGAGCCUCUUACAAUCCCACCUUCGAGGACCAUCAGGCUUUGCUCAGGGCUGCUCAUGAGGUGGAGCUGCAGCGGCAGAAGGAGGCAGAGAAGCUGGAGCGGCAGCUGGCCCUGCCCACUGCUGACCAGGCUGCCACCCAGGAGUCCACUUUCAGGGAGAUGUGUGAGGGGCUGCUGGAGGAGUCGGAUGGGGAGGCAGAACUAGAGGAGAGCCAGGAUCCUGAGAGUGAAGGAGACCAGGCCUUGCCCGCCCCUGCCCGGCUGGUCACCACUGAGAAGAAGACAGAGCAGCAGCGGCGGCGAGAGAAGGCUGAGCGGACCUUGCGGAUGCAGCGGGCUGCGCUGCGGACCGCCCAGCUCCGGCACCAGGAGCUUUUCCGGCUGCGUGGGAUCAAGGCCCAGGUGGCGCAGCGCCUGGCCGAGCUGGCAAGGCGUCGGGAACAGCGGAGGGCCCAGCGGUUGGCCGAGGCGGACAAACCCCGCAGGCUGGGGCGGCUCAAGUACCAGGCCCCCGACAUUGAUGUGCAGCUGAGCUCCGAGCUGUCAGACUCGCUCCGGACCCUGAAGCCCGAGGGCAACAUCCUUCGAGACCGGUUCAAGAGCUUCCAGAGGAGGAACAUGAUUGAGCCUCGGGAGAGAGCCAAGUUCAAGCGCAAAUACAAAGUGAAGUUGGUGGAGAAGCGGGCGUUCCGAGAGAUCCAGUGA